GAACAUAAAUAAUAAAACUUAGACUAUACUCGUUUGUUCCUAAUCCCCCACCCACUAUCAUUUGUUCUCAGACGAAAAGAGCUGAAGCCUGAGGGCAUAUUCUUGGAGUUGGGGGUGUUGAAGUUUUGGAGGUGAUGAAUGCAUGUCAGGAAAAGUUUACAGUAUGCGGAAAAGAUAGUGGGAACCUUAUCAUCAUCGUAAUCAGUAAAGAAUCCGAAGCAUAGAAGUAGCAGGAAAUGGGGAGAAAGCAGGAGCAAGAAGAGAAACAAGAACAAAAGCAGCAAUCCAAGUCACUGAGGAGUAAAGCAGUUCACUUUGUAUCUGAUCUAACCACUGUUUUGCUCAACCCCAUCUCUGAUAAACCCUCCAAGCCGCCUCCAAAGCCAUCUUCUCAUGAUGAUGUGAAUAACUCCGAGAACAGUCACUCAGAUAUAGAGGAGGGUUCGAAUGACUCUGUUGAUGGCCCUGAUACAUCAUCUUUUACGGCAUUUCUCUAUUCACUUUUAGCAUCCUCAGAAUCUCGGAGUAACUCUAACUUUGAAGAGAAAAUAGAUUCUGAUGACAAUCUGUUUAAGCCAUCAUCUGAGCCUACAGUAACAAGAGAGAAUGCCAAAAAGAAAAGUUUGUUCUCAAGGGGUAAACAAUCCCUUGGUAAAGCAUUCUAUCAAGCUGCUAAACUAGGUGGUUUUCGAAAUCAAGGCCCAAAAGGCAGUUCUGAUAUGGUAGUUGGCAAUGGAAGUAAUUCUAAGACAUCUGUGGAUGAAGGGAUUCCAAUGCAAACUUUGAAUGAGUCACUGUCUUCAGAAAAUCUUCCUGAAACUUCUGAACCAUCAUUGCUUCUCUCUGAAAAGACACGGAGUGUCCUUUAUGCUGCACUCCCUGUGAUUGUUCAGGGACGAAAAUGGAUGCUAUUAUACAGUACUUGGAGGCAUGGUAUAUCCCUUUCAACAUUAUACAGAAGAAGUAUGCUCUGGCCCGGCCUCAGCCUGCUGGUUGUUGGGGAUCGUAAUGGUGCAGUAUUUGGUGGCUUGGUUGAGGCACCUUUGAGACCAACAAAUAGGAGAAGGUAUCAGGGAUCAAACAGUUCGUUUGUCUUUACGAAUACCUCUGGUCAUCCUCUUAUAUUUCGUCCUACAGGCAUGAAUCGCUACUUUACCUUGUGCUCUACCGAUUAUUUGGCCAUGGGUGGUGGUGGUCAUUUUGCACUAUAUUUGGACGGAGAGCUAUCAAGUGGAUCAAGUUCAUCCUCAGAAACCUAUGGAAACCCUUGUUUGGCUCGCACAGAAGAUUUUGAUAUCAAGGAAGUUGAGCUGUGGGGUUUUGUAUAUGCUUCCAAGUUCGAUGAGAUGAUUGCUUUAUCACGAACAGAGGCACCAGGAAUCUGCCACUGGUAGAUAAUCUGUUGAUCAUGUGUCUGCUCUAACUCGGAACAAUAUAUCUCUGUAAAUAUUGACCAGAUGCGUUUUGAAGACAUUUUAUACAUGUACAGAGAUGUACUAUGUUGUAUAUAAAGCAUUGAGUUUUUGGCUAUUU